UCUUCCAAGACAUUUAUCAGCAAUGGCUAUGGACGUAUCAAAGUUGGCAAGUUCUUCUAAGGACAAACUACACAAAGAAUGGGCUGAUUUCAAAGUGUCUGCCAAAGUCAAAGCGAAGCCUGUUUGCUUGUAUGCCAUUGGCGGGCAGAGGGAUACCCCCAUAUCAGCUCUAGACAGUGUCAGCACCGGCAUGUGCAUCUGGGAGGAAUGCCUCAAGUUGACAAUUGACCCCACAGUUGACAGAUCACGGGGGGUGCUGCCUAGUGAGGUCAUGGUGGGAGCAGAGGGACAGGUUACUCUCUACCCUCCACGCCGUCACAUCAAUACUGAAGUGGGAGGAUCCACACCUGGAAGCACAGUGUCCUCUGCCUCCAAAGCCAGCCAAAGCAAACCCAAAUCCCUCCCAGGAGUUCCUGUGCCUAAAGGCAAACCACAGUCACCAAAGGCAGCAUUGAUGACUGCAGUGGAGCAGUCUGGAAAUUACAUGCUCGACCACGUGAAAAGGAUUAGUGAAAAUGCCUUUAUUGCCGGAAACAAUAAGAUCCUCUUUGUAUGCCUUGCUUCUGCGGCUCUAGUACGAAACAGACUCAAUACCUACAAGGAUAUCCUGAAACAACCUAGCUCCAAAAACCUUACGAGUGCACUGGGACGAUGUGGUGAGAUGGUUGAGUUUCUGAUGCAAAACAUCCUUAGCUACAACUGUGACCUGCUUCACUCAGCCCUUUUGCAUGAUCCUGCCAGCCACGACUGGACUAACGUCAAACCUUAUCAUGAGAAUGAAAAAUUCUCGGAAAGCAUUCAGAUGUGGGCCUUUUACAUGCAAGGUGUUCGAAAUGAUUUGUGGCAGUAUACUUCUCCACGCAUGAGUGAAAGUAUUUUAGCAAGCAUAUUUACCGACACUUUAAGCAUCUUAGUCACAAGAUAUGCACAGAUUGAGCCUAGUGAUAUGAGACUUCAGCAUUACAAGGCCGAUGUUGUUGCAAUCCUGACAAUAGUUGCUGCAACUCUCCCUUCCCUUGUUGCCUCUCCGACGAUGCUCUUCUCGGUUCGCAUCCAUGAGUCCGUUGCUCUGCCCAUCCAUCGGCGUGCGGAUCUGCUGCUCAAAGUUGCUGCUCUCAAGUGUGCACCAAUCGAAAAUGUGGCAAGAAUAUUUCACAAAGGUUUUGACAAUGCGGUAAAGAGAUCAGGAUACCCAGACUCUCCAACAAGCAUCGAGUCCACUCCGAAUUGGCUCACUUUUCUCAAUCCUUCGCUCUUUCCUCGUGGGCAAUCAUCUCUCAGGUUCCUUGGUGACCACCAGGCUGUUUAUCUCACCUUACUUACGGUGGCCAGUCGACCGCAGCCCCAGUAUCCACUCAUAAUAAGGGGUUUACUGAUGCGGAAGUUCUUGGGUACAAAGACCCUAAUGGAGGGACUGCAUGAUGCUCCUGGACAGGUCACAGCAGGAAAACCAUGUGAUGGCCCCAUGUGCAUGCCACACCUGUGCUCACCUCCUCUCAUACCUCACACUGUGUACGCUGCCAUUGCUCAGAUUGUGAUGAGAUGUGUGGAUUGGACGCCAGCCUUGUCUAACCUGAUUGGUCCUGGUGUCAAACAGUCUGGCUUGUGGGAUUCUCUAGACCGCACGCAGGUGUGGAACAUCCAGCGUCCGCCUUGGCAUCAUGCUCUUGUACAGUUGAUUGCUCCAAGUGUAGUGGGUGUUGUUGCUGAGGUCAUGAGAGCAGUACCUCCCAAGCCUCCUGCUAAGCCAGCCCACCCCAGCCAGCUAUCAGUUAGGCUUGAGCACCAUCUGGCUGCUUGGACUCUACAGCUGCUGACGGGCCUGGAAGGUGUUGCUGACUCGGUUCCCCUCCCUGUCAUUUACGCUGCUCACACUAUCAAUACAUACCUUCCUCCUACAAUCAAGCCAACAGGAGGCCAUGUGGUUACACAUUUGGUGGUUAAUGCCCUGUAUUCGACGGUGAAUUCACGAGAAUCCUUGGACCAAUUGAAUGAUUCCCCAAUCACUGAUGGACAGUGGGACAUGAUGAUUGCUGUGGGUGAGAGGCUGUGUUCUUUGCAUGAUGGGAACUAUGACUCGCACUUGAAGCAAAUGACACAAGCCUUGUUGUUCCA